CGGAAGUAAAGUUUACUCCAACACUGGGUACAGAGCCGGUCGCGAGUGCUGGGUUCCUGCUGCUGUGGUUUUUAUUUUCAGAAGGACAACUACUUUCCAGCUUUUUUCCUGGAGGAAUGCAAAAGUCCUCCUUCCUUAAGACAAAUGAGCAUUCCAAAAGGUUGGGGCCGCUUGACCGUUCUGGCACCAUGGAACCUCUUUUAUAUGAGAACUAAUGUUCUCUUUGGCUCAAGAUGUCAAAUGAUCCGAUUUUCAGCAGAAAUCCUCUUCAAAUCAGUUUCAUUUAGGCUAUUUGGUGGCAAGUGUGAUAAUGAAGAUCGUGGGCCUUUGGAGAACGAACUGCUGGCUAACUUACUUAGUAUGGGAGUAGAUGUUGACAUGGCAAAGAAACGACAGCCGGGAGUUUUUAAUAGGAUGAGUAUUAAUGAGCAGGACCUGAAGACGUUCCUUCUCUCCAAAGGAGCUAGCAAAGAAGUGAUAGCUAGCAUAAUAUCAAGGUAUCCACGAGCCAUAACACGCACAACUGAAAAUCUUUCAAAACGGUGGGACCUGUGGAGAACAAUUAUGACAUCGGACCUUGAAAUUGUAAAUAUUUUGAAACGUUCUCCUGAAUCAUUUUUUCGGUCAAAUAACAACCUAAACCUAGAGAAUAAUAUAAAGUUUCUUUACUCAGUCGGAUUGAGCCGUAAAUGCCUUUGUCGAUUGUUGACCAGUGCCCCACGUACCUUCUCCAAUAGCCUUGAUCUGAAUAAACAGAUGGUUGAAUUUUUGCAAGAAGUCUCUUUGUCCUUAGGUCACAGUGAUCCCAUAGAUUUCGUGAAGAAAAUAAUUUUUAAAAACCCUUUCAUCUUAACUCAGAGCACCAAACGGAUAAAAGCUAACCUUAAGUUUUUACAGUCAACAUUGAACUUGAACAAUGAGGAGCUGCUUGCUCUGGUAUGCGGUCCAGCGGCUGAAAUUCUAGAUCUUUCCAACGACUGCACCAAAAGAAACUAUGCAAAUAUCAAAGAAAAGCUGUUUUCUCUUGGGUGCACUGAAGAAGAGGUACGGAAGUUUGUCUUGAGCUAUCCAGAUGUGAUCUUCUUGGGAGAAAAGAAGUUUAAUGAUAAAAUAGACUGCCUCAUAGAACAAAAAAUUAGCAUUUCAGAAAUAAUUGAAAAUCCUCGGAUUUUGGAUGCAAGCAUAAGUACUUUAAAAAGUCGAAUCAAAGAAUUAGUAAAUGCUGGCUAUAACUUGAGUACAUCAAAUAUCACUCUUCUGUCUUGGAGUCAAAAAAGAUAUAAAGCUAAAUUGAAUAAGUUAAACAAUGGGUAGAACAUUGUUCUGGGGAAUUAAAAAAAAGUCUUAAUAAUGUCAUGAUAUUUCACUUUGAAGUUGGGCCUUUCAAAAAGGAGAGGCUUGAUUUCUUAACCACAUAUACACAUUUAAUGAUUCCUUUUCAUUUUAUUUUAAUGAUUCCUAAAACUCAUGGUCCGUAUGCUCAAGUGUAGUCUUCCAAGUUACCUUUUCUCUAGUUGGAAUUAAUAGAGUCUCCUACUGUAUGAUAUAGGCUGUAUAAAUGGUACUUCCUAAGUGCCAAAGCAGAACAAUGUAUAGAAAAAUAGAAAAUGCCAAAAAAAGCUUUUUGGGGUUUUUUGUUGUCCAAAUAAAGAAAUUGACAUUCAUUUAGAUAAUUCCAUUUUCUUUAAUGAGUUAAAUGGCAACCUCUUUUUCCUAUUAUUCUCAUAUAUCUAAUUAAGGUUCAUCUUCAAAAUAGAAUGCCAGUAAAAAUCUGACAAAACAGUAAGGGAUUUUCCCCCCAAGUUCUAUAUUAUUUAAACUGCUAUUAUGCUGCCCUGCCCCCCAUCCAACUUUUAGGCUCAGUUUACUAUGAGUGUAAUCCUGAUUUCUUUGAGGGCAAGGGCAGCUAUGGUAGGCAGAAUAGUGGCCACCCAAAGACAUCAAAGUCAUAAUUCGCAGAAUCUGAGAAUAUGUUAAAUUGCAAAAGGCCUUGGCCAAAGGGAUAAAGUUAAGGACCUUGAAAUGGGGUGACUACCUACAUUAUUUGGAUGGACCCAGGGUAAUCGAUCAUAGGGCACUAAAAAGUGGAAGAGGGAGGUAAAAGGAGUUCAGAGUUCAAGCUGAAGGACUUGCCCCACUUUUACUGGCUUUGAAGGAGGAAGGGGCUAUGAGCCAAGGAACACAGGUAAUCUAUGAAGUGUAGAAGGCAAGAAAACUCUCCUGGUGUCCCCAGAAGGAAAUGCACACCUGCCAGGACCUUAAAUUAAGCCCAGUGAGGCCUGUGUUAAACUUCUGACCUACAGGACCAUAAGAUAACAAAUUUGUGUUGUUUUAAGCCUGUGAGUUUGUGAUAAUUUGUUAUAGCAGGAAAUAGAAUAAUGCAGCAACUAAAAAAACUAUUAGUUGUGUUGUAGGUAAAGUCACGAAAUUUAGGCCUUGUAGUAUAUCUGUUUCUUCAUAUCAUUACCUCUUUUAUUCAACUACCUUUCUGGAAUGGCUAAGUUUUGUAAAAUCCUCUAAGUGUAUGAUAAAAACUAAAUGUGAGUAUAAAAUCUAAAUAAAGGAAUAUUUUUGCCUAAUGAAUGUAGUUUAAAGAAAUGGUGAUAAUUUCUGUAUAGGUAUUUUAUCUAGUGUAAAUAAAGAACAAGGAAUAUCUAGAGGCAUUACUUAAAGACAAAUCAGAUGAUGCUUGUGUCUUUUUUUUUUAAGAUUUUAUUUAUUUAUCUUUAGAGGGGAAGGGAAGGAGAGAGGGAGAGAAACAAUGUAUGGUUGUCUUUCCUGCGUCCCCUGCUGGGAACUGGCCUGCAGGGAACCGGCCUGCAACCCAGACAUUUGUCCUGAAGGGGAAUUGAAUGGCAAUUGUCUGGUUCACAGGCCAGCACUCAAUCCACUGAGCUACACCAGCCAGGGCUGAUGCUUGUAUCUUGAAGACAUUUACAAUCUCUGGUAUAAACGAAAAGAGAAGGUACAAAUUGUAUAACCUUGAUAAUUUAAUUGUUUUCUGGGGUCCUUUGUUUUGUAGAUGUGGAUUUUGAAUUAAUGGCUUUCAACCUUUUAAGCCUUGUUUCCUAUUGUUAGGUAAGAUAGAUAGUAAACUAAGGCA